CACGUGUUUGUCAUCACUGUGAAUGUGUAUUUACCUCCUUGGGACCCCGUUCCACACACACAUUGGCUCGUGCCAGUUUCCUGGGCUUUGGGUUUCUCUUCCGGGUUUGGUUCUCCCCGCAUUCAACAUUGUCGCCGUCGCAUUCCUCGGUCACCAGAUCGGUUCCGGCCCAUUGAUUCUAAGGUGAGUAACAGUUCUUCUGCUCUCAAGGUUCACGCAUCCGUCAUCUUGAACCUUGUCCGUGGUCUUCUCUAGAUCUGGACUCCCUUCUCCCCCACCAACGCAUCUUAUCGUUCAUGUCGGCGAGCAUCGAUCGCAUCACGAGGCUGAUCCUGUUCUGCUAUGUAAAGACGGCAUUUUUGGCUUUGCUGGCCACGCCUUGCAUGCUCUAGCACACAAUGGUCGAGAAAAGCAAGCCGUCCAUCAUGAAUGGCAUAGGGAAUACCGUUUCUCAGGUUGAAAAACUCAUCUCCGCGUCCUUACGGCCCUUGCCGACUGCAACUGGUGAUGGCUCAUAUGUGACAGAACCAAGCCAAACGGGGCUUGUCCGGGAUUUGAAACAUGUUGACCUCGCCGAAGUCAAGGCCCUCAUAGAGUUCGCCAAAGAUGCUGCUACGGGGGAGCCCGUCAAUGAUAGGCACUAUAUUAUGGAACGAGUCAUCCAGCUCGCCGCGGGUCUGCCGUCAACUUCCAGAGGUGAGACCGGAUUGACGAAUACGUUCCUGAAGCAGUUGUGGGAUGACUUGCAGCAUCCCCCUAUCUCUUACCUUGGUCGCGAUAAUGCCUACCGCAAGGCCGAUGGCUCAGGAAACAACAUUCUGUGGCCUCAGAUUGGGGCUGCCAGGACCCACUACGCAAGAUCUAUACGACCAAAGACCCUUCAGUCCCCGACGCCUCCGGAUCCAAAUACGCUUUUUGCUUCUCUCUUGGAACGAAAUGAGUAUAAGGAACAUCCGAAUAAGAUAUCUAGUGUUUUGUUCCAUCUUGCGUCGAUCAUCAUUCACGAUCUGUUCCAGACGGACCGUAAGGAUUAUACAAUGAGCCUCACAUCGUCAUAUCUGGACCUUGCGCCUCUCUAUGGUAACAACCAGGACGAACAAAACUUGGUCAGAACGUUCAAGGAUGGCAAGCUUAAGCCAGACUGCUUCUCCAGCAAGCGUGUUCUAGGCUUCCCCCCCGGCGUUGGAGUGCUUCUGUUGAUGUUCAACCGUUUCCACAACUAUGUGGUUGAGAACUUGGCCAGAAUCAAUGAACGCGGUCGUUUCACCAAACCAGACGAAUCGAAUUCCGCCGCCUAUGCAAUAUACGACGAUGAUCUUUUCCAGACUGGUCGGUUGGUAACGUGUGGUCUAUACAUCAAUAUCAUCCUAAAAGAUUACGUUCGAACAAUUUUGAACAUCAAUCGAACAGACAGUGUCUGGAGCUUAGACCCUCGAGCUGAUAUGAGAGACGGAUUGCUGAGCAAGGCUGCCGGUGAGGCCACGGGUAACCAGGUCUCUGCUGAGUUCAAUCUGAUUUACCGCUGGCAUUCUUGCAUAUCGCAGCGGGAUGAGAAAUGGGCGCGGCAAAUGUACCAGGAACUUUUCCCUGGAAGGAAUCCCGAAGAAAUCCCGUUGGACGAAUUUCUCCGAGGCGUUGCUCAGUGGGAAGCUGGAUUAUCAGAACAGCCCCAAGAACGUCCAUUCGCUGGGCUAAAGCGUAACCCAAAUGGGUCAUUUGACGAGGGAGACCUCGUGAAUCUGUUUGCGGACAGCGUUGAAGAUUGCGCAGGUGCCUUUGGGGCCCGCAACGUUCCGUCAAUCUUCAAAAAUAUCGAGGCACUCGGUAUAAUGCAGGCUCGGUCCUGGAACUUGGCUACCCUGAACGAAUUCCGCAACUACUUCAACCUCACACCGUACAAGACCUUUGAGGAGAUCAAUCCGGAUCCAUACAUUGCUGAUCAGCUUAAGAGAUUCUACGAUGUGCCCGAUCAGGUGGAGAUGUAUCCAGGGAUCCUUGUGGAGGAUACAAAGGCAGCGCUGGUUCCUGGCAGUGGGUUGUGCACCAACUUUACGAUAUCGAGGGCAAUUCUCUCCGACGCGGUUGCUCUAGUUCGUGGCGAUCGCUUCUAUACGGUCGAUUACAACCCGAAUCACCUAACAAACUGGGCUUACAGUGAUAUACAGCCUCUCGACUCUGUUGAUCAAGGCCAAGUAUUUUACAAGCUAGUGCUGCGUGCAUUUCCCAAUUAUGUCAAGGGGGAUUCCAUCUACGCACAUUUCCCCUUGGUCAUCCCUUCUGAAAACAAGAAGAUUCUGCAGAGUCUCUCGGUUGCUCAGAAUUACAGUUGGGAUCGACCUCACUAUACACCUAUGCCCCAAUUUAUCAACUCCAAUUCUGCAUGCAUGUCUAUCCUCAGCGACCAAGACACGUUUAAGGUAACGUGGGGCAAAAAGAUCGAAUUCCUGAUGCAACACAGCAACCAACCUUAUGGCCGAGAUUUCAUGCUGUCGGGUGAUAGGCCACCAAACGCUGCGUCACGUAAACUGAUGGGGUCCGCCUUAUACCGUGAAAAAUGGGAGAGUGAGGCCAAGAAAUUCUACGAAGACAUCACCUUGAAGCUUUUGCAUCAGCAUUCGUAUAAAGUGGCCGGGGUCCACCAAGUUGACAUCGUUCGAGACAUCGCAAACCUUGCCCAGGUACAUUUUUGCGCAAGUGUCUUUUCGCUGUCUCUGAAGACCGAUUCAAAUCCCAAAGGCAUUUAUACAGAUACGGAGCUUUACGACAUACUAGCGGUUGUCUUCGCCUCCAUAUUCUACGAUACAGAUGUUGGGAAGUCCUUCGAGCUCAAUCAGAGUGCCCGCACUGUUACCCAACAGCUUGGGCGGCUGACAAUGGCUAACGUGGACUUUGUCAACAAUGCCGGUUUCAUCGCUAAUCUGAUCAGCAGUCUACAUCGCCAUGAUGCUCUCAGUGACUAUGGAAUCCAUAUGAUCCAGCGACUACUUGCGAGCCAUAUUCCUCCUGCUGAAAUAGUCUGGACGCAUAUCUUACCAACCGCGGGCGGAAUGGUGGCAAACCAAGCCCAGCUCUUUUCGCAGUGCUUGGAUUACUAUCUGUCCGAAGAGGGGUCUGCUCACCUACCUGAUAUUAAUCGGCUGGCCAAAGCAAAUACGCCUGAGGCUGACAGCCUGCUUCUACGAUAUUUCAUGGAAGGCGCUCGGUUGCGGGCUUCUGUCGCCCUGCCCCGAGUAGUGGCAAAGCCAACGGUUGUCGACGAUGGGGACAAGAAGCUGACCUUCAAGCCAGGCCAGAUCCUAGUUUGUGACCUAGUAACCGCCUCCAUGGAUCCCGUCAGCUUCCCAGAGCCCGAGAAAGUCAGGCUCGAUCGCGACAUGGGUCUGUACGCUCACUUUGGCUUUGGGCCUCACCAAUGCUUAGGCAUGGGCAUGUGCAAGUUAGCACUGACGACCAUGCUUCGGGUUGUCGGACGACUGGACAACCUUCGACGUGCUCCUGGAGUUCAAGGUCAGCUCAAAAAGCUCGCUGGGCCCGGUGGACUCGCGAUCUAUAUGACCGCCGACCAAACCAGUUUCUGGCCAUUCCCGUCCACCAUGAAGAUCCAGUGGGAUGGCGAUCUGCCCCCUCUUCCGACAAAGUAGGGGGGGUGUAUGAAUGGGGGGUGAAAGAAUGAAAGGGACAAAGGGGACACAUGUGUAUCAUAGCACCUUUAUUUAAUACCAGAUGAGAUAUGUAUGCA